GACGUGGCACAUAAACACAUAGAGGAAGCAGACAGCUCAGGUUUAUGAUGACAUCCUCUGUAGCAACUUUCAUUGGGAAUUUAGGGAGACACCUUAAAUGACAGCAUUGUAGCAGCACUUGAAACAAACGACUCUUCUUUAAUGUCAGCGUGACAGCUAACAAGCAAAAAGCAGUAGCGGAUCCGCAUUGUUUAUUUCUCCCCAACGCAGCGCAUGCGGCUAUGGGUCUGUGCAAGUGUCCGAAGAGGAAGGUGACCAACCUGUUCUGCUUCGAGCAUCGUGUGAACGUGUGUGAACAUUGCCUGGUUUCCAACCACAACAAGUGCAUCGUCCAGUCUUAUCUGCAGUGGCUUCAGGACAGCGAUUACAACCCAAACUGUGCUCUGUGCAAUAAUCUGCUGACCACACACGACACAGUCAGACUGAUCUGCUAUGAUGUUUUCCACUGGGCGUGUCUGAAUAACUUGGCGUCUCGGCUGCCGCUCCACACGGCCCCAGCGGGGUACCAGUGCCCCUCCUGUCAGGGCCCAGUGUUCCCACCCUCUAAUCUGGCCAGCCCAGUGGCUGAUGUGCUGAGAGAGCAGCUCUCAUCUGUGAACUGGGCUCGAGCUGGUUUAGGGUUGCCAUUGAUUGAAGAGCCCAUUGGGGUUCUUGAAGAAACAACAGCCGAUGUUUCUGACUACACAGACUGGUCAACAUUUGAUGGACAAGAAAAAAGUGGCGUUUAUUCCAGUCACUCCUAUAACACUAGCCUCAGCCCGCCUGCUGCCUCACCUCCGACACAAGAAAAUGUUGGCGGACUUCAUAAAAAUGGGGAUCCAAAUAUGCCGGAGCAUUCUGUGGUCAACUUUCCUGCUGCUUCCACCAGUGACACUAUCACAAUACACACAGCGUCCUCUCCGAGAAAGGUCUACGACACACGGGACGUUCACGGCUCUGUCACGCAGAUCGACUUUGACGACGACAAGUACCGGCGGCGACCGGCGCUCAGCUGGUUCGCACGAAUUUUAAAAAAUCGUACCGGAGGAAAGAAGACAGCUCUGUCCUGGAAGCAGCGUGUCUUCAUGCUCCUUUUGGUGGGAGUCCUGGGAUUCUUCACGCUGAUCAUCAUCAUGGCGAAACUCGGACGCGCCUCGGCCGGCUCAGACCCAAACCUAGAUCCUCUUCUUAACCCCAACAUCCGUGUGGGGAAAAACUGAGGAGCAGCAGCGAUUUGUUGUUUGGCCUGAAAAGAAACUGAUGCACAAACUGCCCACCAGAGGGAGCUCUUUACCCAACUCCUAAGAGGACGUUCCUCAGACUGUAAAGAAGCAGUUCUCCCACCGUUCCACCGGUUCUGUUGAUCCAGGUGAGACACAGAACUUAUAAAGGCGACCCCGGGGCUAGACGCAGUUACAUAAUUUAUCCAAAUGUUGUUGUUUUUGGUGACGAGGGGCAAUACUUUAUUCAGCUAACAUUUCCCUGUGAUCUGUGUAAGUUAAUUUCUGUUUAGAUUUUAUGUGGAAGCAUUGCUAAUGUUGAAGAAACUUCAACUGUCUGCAUUACAAACUGAUUGACUCUGUCGCCAUGGGACCCGGAGUCAAACUUACCCGACACAUCCUACGACUAUAAUGAUCUGCAUUUCCUCUGCAAAUUGAGUGCUUUGCUUUCAGAUUUGACAUUCACACUGUAUGUAUAUUUUCCUGGUUGUUUUUUUUUUUUUUUUUUUUUUGAGUGUCCAUUAAAUUGGAAUCCCCCUAAAAUGACACGUUUUACUGCUGAAUCUUUUGAUUUUCUUCUGGCUCUGCUUUUAGAAGUCCAUUACUGCGUCUAUCACCUUCGUUACGCGCUGGUGUGGAAAUAUGUCCGGCACAUUGUCGUGCCAUUGUGACUACAGAUUAUGCAGAGUUCCUGCCUGUAAGCAGCAUAUUGAUGCUAACACAGGAGGGGAAGCGCAGAAGUCGAUAAGAUUCCACAUAAUGGUCGUUCUGUUCUGCUCUCAUCUAUUAAUGCUGCUGCCAAAAUUACAUUUAGAGAUGGUUUUUUUUUUUUCAUUAAAGCUGCAGGGAUUGUAGCAUGACGGAACACGUUUAAAGAUUGUUUUAACUGUUUAUUUUUCUACUUUCCGUGGUAAGCCGGAGGAAACAGUGAUUUAUUGCUAAAUAUUCUGCCUUUCAAAAGCUUUAAUGUGUUGUUACAGACCCACACUUUAACAUAUGAUAGAGUAACGCAAACAUGAGUCAGUAGCUUAGAGAACCACGUUUUUGCUUCUUUGCAGCUCUAAGUCUUUUGCUGUAUUUCUUUAAUUUCUGUUGGCUUCUCUCAUAAAAAUACACUGAAGUUGGUGGUUUCGACAUGUCUAAAUGUGAUUUUAAAAAGUUAAAUGGGUAUGAAAACUUUUAGCAGCUGCAUUAAAUCUGUAGAUUUUUGGUGUUUAUACCACUCGAUUGUUCUUCAUUUCCCUUGAUUAAGCAAAAAUAAAAUGAAAGUGGACAAAUACUAAAA